AUGUCACCAGGGCCAGGUUGGGCCUCUGCUAACGUUGAGCCUCAAUUGUACAGGACAGCUCGUUACAGUACCUUUUUGUGCAAUAAUGAGAACGAGAGGAAGAUGGCGAGGGUCUCUGAGAAAACUGUCUCUCUCUGGACCUACGUCAAUCGUCCUCAGAUUCUGCAGACGUUCUUCAACCCGCUCUACCAGCCAAACCAGCAGGUCAUCUGGCCAUCGGUUGCUCCACAGAGCCUGGCAUUAUGGUCAAGCCUCUACAUGAGAUGGACGAUGAGUGACACGGCUACUCGCAUACCCACACAGGUCAUCACAGACAUCAAACAGAGCGACAAGGAACUGAGGUUAAAGGUCAACGAACUGAGAAGGCAAUUGGGUGACCUCCAGAAAGAAGCGCUAGAGAAAGGACUGAUCAGCGAUUGAUGGCAAGCAAAGUGUUAUGGAUCUCUUGCUUUUACAUGCAGACAUUAGUUGCACCCUCUCUAUUGUGAUGUCACAAAGAGUCCAGGCAUCCAUUUGAACUUGUGCUACUGGGCAAGGAGGAGGUCACCUUCAUCAGAAGGGGUCAGUUGAAGAAUGGUGGACAAAUUGGGUUUAUGACUUAUCCUAUAGAUGAAGGCACUGUUAAGAGCAUUAGUUUGACGUAGCUCACACUGUACAAUGUACAUGAAUAGUAAAAUUUCUCUUGUAAACCGCAAGUUAAAUUUGAGACUUGAGUUGCUUAUAGAUGCCAAGAACAAAUAGUAAAGUUGUUAUGGUUAACAUUAUUGAAUAUGUUGAUGGCUACUUACAUGUAGAUGUAUGACAAAAGUAGCUUGUAUUUAGCCAUUUUUCCUCAGGUUACGCAGUACACACCAGCCAAAUACCAACUUUAUUACCGCAAUUCCCACAAACAUACUUCAACUUGUUUUCUCGAAAAUAGCAACGACAAUAGUCAUACUAAAGUUUUUUGUCUUGUCCUCGUGAUUUUUCUGUUAUAUUUAUUAAAAGCUUCCAAUUUCUUGUAUCUGAUCUAUCACUGCAUUAUUUAGUGUGCUAGAAAUCGUACUUUUUCCAUACUUUGUUGUUCUCAUGUCAGUCAUGUCUCUCUGUUGAACGUCAUGUUAGAAUUGAUGUGUACUUUUAGAGUCUACAUCAUAAACACAGUAAGUGUAGUUUCGGGAAUAUAAAAGCUAGCUAUACAUGCCAAAUGCAUGCAUUUUAUGAAGUACGAUUCUAGCUUCUUACAUGUCAAGUGAAUAGACAUGACACAUGUACAGGUACUUGUAAAAAAAAAGGUAGUUAUUUCACAGAAUUGGUAGCACUUGGUAACACUGUUGGAAACUUUGGGGAAAAUCAUGUCUGAAAUUAUAAUCAACUUGAAUAUUGUGCCCUAGCUUGGACCUUUUAGAGGCUGUUUAAAGGACAAUAGUUUGUUCACCUUCCCCCAAACUUGUUUAAUUUGAGUAUAUGGAGGCCUUUAAAGUUUAAAGGUUUAUUUAUUUCCAUUUUGAUUCAUUCCAAAGAGAUGAGGCAUAAAGGUUGUAUUUUAUAAUGAUUUUACCAUAUUUGACAUAUUCCUAAUAUCAAAGAUGUGUAUGGUGCAAAAUGAGGUUUGGAAUAUCUCCUUUUUUUCCAAGGGCAAUAAUGAACCAAGACUAUUCAUAAGAAGAAAAGAUUUAAAACAAUUUUAUAUAUAAAGUAAAGUAAAGAGUACUUCUUCAUUUGUCUAUGCUGGGGGUGUUUCACAAAGAUUCUAAGUUGGACUUAACAACUAUGGAAAGCCGUUAGCAUCUAUGAAAAUAUUUUGUAAAAGUUAUUUUAAAAGGCAUAAAAUAUUGUUUCAAGUAAUUCAUAUUUUGUAAAAGUAAACAUUUGUAAAAAGUCUAAAGCACUUGAAUUUUUGCUUUUGAAUAUAUUUAAAUUAAAGACUACGAAGGGCUCUCCAUAAUUUUUAAGUCCAGCUUAAUUUUAAGUUCAACUUUAGAUCUUUGUGAAACACCCCCCAAAAGGAUCACAAUUUUAUUUCAGGUUGAUGAAAACUAGUUAAUAAGUUGGCAUUUCAUAACUUUGGAAGUUGGUGAUUUUAACUUUGCGUUUUCUUGAACACUUUUUGAGCAGUUUGGAUUUGCAAUUCUUUAAGAGACAGAGCCCAGAUGUUUCCCUACUUAAUAUAAAUCUUGCCACAUUCCAAUUUGUGUAUGUUUAAAGUAAAUUAUAAAAUUGAAUCAUUAUAGUACAUGUACCUGUAGGUCAUUAUGUUACAUAAACUUUUGAAUUUCAAUUCA